AUAUAUAUAUAUAUAUGUAUGUGGAGGAGCUGACACCUUCCGUAGGGAGUAAAGGCACACAUGGACGUUGAAUGCAGGAGUUCGCCUCCCUCUGCUGCUGGAAGGAGUCUCUGAAGGCACACUUACGUCUUCCUGUUUUCUUGAAGGCUUUCUGGACUCUGGACACGUUUUGGAGAAGCCAGGUCUUGGAUUAGAGAGGAUAUACUCCUAAAACCAACAAGGCAUAGCCCCAAAAACAAACAACAGCUCUUCAUUUAUUGCUCUGGGUAGACUCUGCAAGUUUCGCAACAUUGUAUCAAUUCCCAGCCUUCUUCUUAAAGACGCUGCGAUCGCGUCUUCCUGGAGCUGUGGAUCUCUGAGCAUAGUAUAAGAUUAUGGCAAUGGUAGUCAACCCCUGGCAGGAAGAUAUCCCUGGAGUUCCAGGAUCCCAGGUGAGCAACCCACCAGGAAUCUGUAGCCAGGAUCCAGGAGGACCCCCACAGACACCAAGCACCCCCAAAGGAACUGCCCCGGGCCAAGACCCAGUUCAUUCAGGGGACAAAGGCAUGCCCAAUGUGGACUGUAUGGUGUGUGGGGACAAGUCAAGUGGGAAGCACUAUGGACAGUUCACCUGUGAAGGAUGCAAGAGCUUCUUUAAGAGAUCGGUGAGAAGAAACCUGACUUACACCUGUAGGGGCAACAGAGACUGCCCCAUAGAUCAGCACCACAGGAACCAGUGCCAGUACUGCCGACUUAAAAAGUGCCUCAAAGUUGGGAUGAGAAGGGAAGCAGUUCAAAGAGGACGAAUGUCGCACCCACAGACCAGUCCCGGCCAGUAUGCCAUCAAUAACGUCGACCCCUACAAUGGCCACUCCUAUCUAACAGGAUUCAUCUCCUUGCUUCUUCGAGCGGAGCCAUACCCAACCUCCCGCUAUGGAGCACAGUGCCUACAGCCAAACAACAUCAUGGGCAUUGAGAACAUAUGUGAGUUGGCUGCCCGUUUGCUGUUCAGUGCCAUCGAGUGGGCCAAGAACAUCCCCUUCUUCCCUGAUUUCCAGCUCUCGGACCAAGUAUCCCUGCUCCGCAUGACAUGGAGCGAGCUUUUCGUUCUGAACGCAGCCCAAUGUUCCAUGCCCCUUCAUGUGGCUCCUCUUCUGGCAGCUGCUGGUCUUCAUGCCUCGCCCAUGUCUGCUGACCGUGUGGUGGCCUUCAUGGACCAUAUAAGGGUCUUUCAGGAGCAGGUGGAAAAGCUGAAGGCACUUCAUGUCGACUCUGCCGAGUAUUCCUGUUUGAAAGCCGUUGCAUUGUUUACACCUGAUGCUGUGGGAUUGUCAGACAUCGGCCAUGUGGAAAGCAUUCAGGAGAAAUCCCAGUGCGCGCUGGAAGAAUAUGUUCGGAACCAGUACCCUAACCAGCCGACCCGGUUUGGGAGACUCCUGCUCCGCCUUCCUUCCUUGCGCAUUGUCUCAGCACCCGUUAUAGAGCAGCUCUUCUUUGUCCGCCUUGUCGGCAAGACGCCUAUCGAGACUUUAAUCCGAGACAUGCUCCUGUCUGGGUCCAGCUUUAACUGGCCGUACAUGCCUAUGCAGUAACCGGUCGGUCUUGAAACUGACGUUUGAAAACUUUCUGGAGUAGAAACCAGAAAAAAAACCCUUUCAUAUAUCGAGCAGGGCCAGCAAAAGACAUAAUAAGUGUUUUAAUCGGCCUGGAACCCAGCUCUUGCAAGUAGAGCAUCCUCACGAGCAACAGGGCACCCAGAAUUGAUGAUCCAGGAAGGAUUUCAUCUUUCUUACAACAUUUUCUUUUCAUAUUGGGUUUCAAAGUUCUAGGGCGCAGUGACUGGACAUUUGUAGGAUCCCCCAUGAUAACAGAAAUGAAAAAAAAAACAACCCAGCAAAUAUCGCCUCUUUACGAAGAACGGAGAGCGAUGGUUUUGCGGGUGGGGGACACCUGUUUAUUUAUGCGACUGUGCAAUUCAGACUUGAGUUUUCCACUGUAAAAAUAAAUAAAUGAAUGUACGGUUUCCUACCAACACCAGCAAGUGUUCCUCGGGAGGAACGUCGAAUGCCUCCUGGUGUUUACUGCAUAUUCUAAGACGUUCUACAACAAGGAAUUCAAUGAAUGGAACAAGAAUGUGUCGUGUGUUCAAAAUAAAUAAAAGAAGGUAAAGAAAGAGAAAAUAAGUGGUUGAUGGUGGACGACACUUGUGUAUUGGCUACUUCAUGCCAAAGGUUGGCAAGCACUGAAAUUUCCAACGCGAAGCACUGAAUCAGCUGUGGACACUUAAUCCCUCGCCGGGCCGUUCAAUUAUAGACUAUUUAUAAAAAGGACAGAAUGGGCAUUUGAUAUGUAUGAACUGCCUGUUUUUUCACGAAACGCCAUGUAUAUCUCUCCUCCCUCCUCCCCUCCGUUUCCGUGCUCUCCACUCUUCUAAAGUUAUGUUUGUAAGAUAUUUCUUUUUUCGGUGUGAAUUGUGGAUUUUUGUUGUUUUGUUUUUGUUUUGGAAAACCAGCAACACUACCCUGUUAAGUUUGUUUGAUCUGGCAAAUUAUUAAAAACAGUAUCCGCGCAGUCCAA